CGGACCGCGCUCUGUGAGCAGCUGGGGAAGAAGCUCCGAGUCUGGGUCUGGGAGCAGAGACUCGGCUCGUCCAGAGUUGCGGAGCGCAGACUGCCGAGCGCAGUUUCAGUGGGACUGGUGUCCCCCACUCCGGGACUCUCUCGUGGAGCCGAGCCCGGCCAAUGGGCGCAUGAGGUAGAAGAGCAGGGAAAUGGAUUGCUAUUUGCGCCGCCUCAAACAGGAGCUGAUGAAUCAGUGGAGUGAUGCCUUCGGUGGAAAUGAACCGAAUUGGGUCUUGGAGUCCCUCCAAGGCUUCAUGCUCUUCCUCCGCCUCUGAUGAUAACUGCCCUUGCCCGUCCCACCGACUCCUGUUUCUUCUCACAACAACCUCAUGAGGCUGAAAAGUCAGGGUUUACGGUGACUCUUCAUAAUGUCCUGGAGUAAGAGUGCCAGGAGCGGGGGUCCCAGGCCUCCCACAGAUCCGCCUCAACCUCAAGCAAAAGAUGUCCAUGAAAGAAGUGGGUGAUGGCUUGCAGGAUCAGAUGAACUGCAUGAUGGGGGCGCUGCAAGAACUGAAGCUCCUGCAGGUGCAGACGGCCCUGGAGCAGCUGGAGAUCUCUGGAGGGGGUCCUGCCCCAGGCUGCCCAGGAAGCCCGGGGACGCAGCCCGAGCCUCCUCGAUGGGAGGGUGGCAAAAGUCCUGCCAGCCCCCUGGCCUGCUCCCCCUCCAACCCCCCUGCUCUUGGCAGCAGCACCAAGUUCUCGUCACAUAGGAGUGUCGGGGGGAGGGAUCUGGCACCCCUGCCCAGGACACGGCUGCCAGAGCACCAGAGCUGUGCCCCGCAGGCGCCAGAGCUGGGGGAGCUGGAUGACUGGACCUCCACACUGAUGUCCCGAGGCCGGAAUCGACAGCCUCUGGUGUUAGGUGACAACGUCUUUGCGGACCUGGUGGGCAACUGGCUGGACCUGCCAGAAAUGGAGAAGGGUGGGGAUCGGGGUGACAGCGGGGAGGCAGGCGCGCCCAAGGCAGGGAGGGCGCAGCCGCGAGAGCUGGGCCGCAGGUUCGCCCUCACAGCCAACAUCUUUAGGAAGUUCUUGCGUAGCGUGCGGCCAGACCGCGACCGGCUGCUGAAGGAGAAACCGGGCUGGGUGACGCCCACGGCCCCUGAGCCCCGAGCCGGACGCUCGCAGAAGGUGAAGAAGCGCAGCCAUUCCAAGGGCUCAGGACACUGCCCCUUCCCCGGCGCCGCGGAGCCCAGACGGGGGGAGAUCCCCGCUGCGGGCUGCCCCAAGGCCCUGGAAUCCUCUUCCUCUGGCUUUGAUAUUAACACAGCUGUUUGGGUCUGAAUCCUAGAGUCAGAAAGUGGACUGAACCCCAAAGGGCCAGGUCCCAGUGCUGGGCCCCCGGGAAAGAGGCCGGGCUGGUGGUGUGGCUCUCAAAAGCCCAACUCCAAGUCCCUUCCUCCUGGGACGGAGGGAGGAGAAGCCGGAGGCUCUGGAGCAGGGCUCCCUGCGGUUGGCAGAGGCUGUGGCAGGGGCCUGGCUGGUGGGGGAGGUGAGUGUUCCUGGUCAGAGAGAGAGAGAAAGAGUGUGUGUGUCUGUGUGUGUGUGUGUGUCUGUGUGUGUUGCUCAUUUUGGGGCUGGAGGUGACAGCAGGGGAGGGGCUGGGGAGGAGACCAGGAAAUCCUGACAUUCCUUCGCUGCCCCCAAAGGUCUCGGUUGAACAUCCUGCAUGGAUCAGGACAUUGGGGCCUCAGGUUCCCCAGAGAUGCUGUCAAUAAAGACUUUGUCUCUUGUGUCCCCAACCUUA